AAGGCGUGACCAGCGCGCGACGUCAGACCUCACGAGCGCAGCUUGUUUUGGAGGAAGUGAAGAGAGCUCCGUUCAGCUAGCAGCUAGCCGCUUAGCCUGACAGGAAAACUGUGAAAUCAUGACAUCAAGGAAGAAAGUUCUACUCAAAGUCAUCAUCCUUGGAGACUCUGGAGUUGGGAAGACCUCGCUAAUGAACCAGUAUGUGAAUAAGAAGUUCAGCAACCAGUACAAAGCCACGAUUGGCGCUGAUUUUCUGACGAAAGAAGUCAUGGUGGAUGACAGACUUGUCACAAUGCAGAUUUGGGACACAGCAGGUCAGGAGAGGUUCCAGUCUUUGGGUGUAGCUUUCUACCGUGGAGCAGACUGCUGUGUGCUGGUGUUCGAUGUGACCGCACCCAACACCUUCAAGACCCUAGACAGCUGGAGAGACGAGUUCUUGAUCCAGGCCAGCCCACGAGACCCAGAGAAUUUCCCUUUUGUGGUGCUGGGCAACAAGAUUGACCUGGAGAACAGACAGGUACCAACCAAGCGGGCACAGCUUUGGUGUCAGAGCAAGAACAACAUCCCAUAUUUCGAGACCAGCGCCAAGGAGGCAAUCAACGUGGAGCAAGCCUUCCAGACUAUCGCACGCAACGCUCUUAAACAGGAAACCGAAGUGGAGUUGUACAACGAGUUCCCCGAGCCAAUAAAGCUGGACAGGAACGAGCGAGCCAGGCCUUCAGCAGAGACCUGCAGCUGCUGAGGCCUCUGUGGAUCAUCAGGGGCUCGUCAUCGCCCGCAUCACCCUGUCUUGCCUUGUCUAUUUAUCCCCUGCCCCGUGGCCCCGCUGUGUUACGCCCUGACGUCCAACAUACAAGCAGCGUUCCCGCUCAUAAGAGUAUAUUACUACACACAAACAUGCUGCCCCCACCUCCUUAUAUAAAUAUAUAUAUACAAAAUACAUUUUCUAUAAAAUAGUCUUUUAGUCCAAAGAACACUUUAAGGAAAGAAUUAGGUGUCUAUUUGUUUGAAGCUUGUUUCCUCCCCAGUCUUUGCCCCUCUUACUCCUCCUUGGUGGUUUGGGGCUGAAUUUCCUUCCGUUUCAUGUAUUUCCUGCUUUCACUCCCAGUGGGCUCCCAACUGCUUGUAUUUUGAUACUUAAAAUGGGAAAUCAAAGCAUUACUUCUGUACGUAUUUUGAAUUUCUGACUUGGACAAAUAUUGUUUUGUUUUUUUUUUUUUUUUUUUUUUUUUUU